CCGCGUUCAAUGAAUCCCAAGGGCUUUAGCAUAGAAUACGAUAAUUCCACUGUUGAUCAUGUUCGACGAUCGCAAAAUUGGAAGGAACUUUUUAAAAGGCUUGGUGAAGCGGUAAUGAAAUAUUUGUUGAGAAAUGCAUCGAUAUUUGUUGCACUUCCAAAUAAGUCCUAUCUUCAGGUUUCGGGAAUGUUGAUUAGUGAAUUAACCGGUACUUCUAGCUUAAGGACACCUGAAAACAAUACUCACAACUUUUUAAUGACGCCGAACUCAUCUUUUGACUCUUUCGAUGGGUUAUUGGGGAUCAAUCAUGGUUCAAGGAAAAGAUCUCGGCAAUCUUACGAUGAGCUUCCGAAUAAGAUUGUUAUAAUUGAGGGAAAAAAUGAUGCUAAGGUUAAAACUCGUGCAAAUAUAUUUUUUAGUCGAUCGCAAAUAUUCUUCUGCUACAUUCCGUUCUAUGAUGUCGGUGGAACUUUCCGGGCCGGGUUGCCUAGAGAUCAUAUUUUGAAUAUAGCCAAAUCUUCGAAAGAUGAGGAGAUAAUAAACAUUUUUCUUCGUCACAUCUUUCCAAUGCAAUUUGGUCUUCGCAACGUGUUUUCUGUUUACGAUAAUGAUGCGAAAACAAAUCCACAAGUGGUAUUUAAAUUAUACAUGGAUAGAUCCACAGAGGUUUUGAAGCCAAUUUCACGAGCCCCUCCUCGCCUGAUGGAAUUGUUGCCGAUGUUGAAGUGCAUGGUAAAACAGCAUAAGAAAUGUAGUUACUUUACGUUACUUGAUAAGUAUUGUCCUAUUAAGAAUGAUCCACUGGAAUGCGAAUCUGGUGACACUUUUAACGAGUCUUGCGCGGAAAAUGCGCAUCAGGUUGUGGCUUUCGCUAUUGCCGUGAUGCGUCAAGUAAUUCCCGAGGAGUUUUGGGGUUGUUUGGAAAACCAGAAGAAUAUAUUCAAGGCCGUUGAAAAGUUUAUCUUGCUUCGACGCUACGAAACGCUUUCUUUGCAUGAGGUUUUAUUGAAAUUUAAAAUCAAGCAGUGCAAAUGGCUUGAAUUGAAGGGUGCAAAAAAUAACAAGGUUGAGGCUGACAAACGUGUGGAAAUUCUCAAUGAAUUUGUUUGGUGGACUUUCGAGUGUUUCUUGAUUCCGCUCCUGAGGAAUAAUUUUUAUAUAACAACUAAUACGGCUUGCAAGUAUCGGAUAUUUUAUUACCGGCAUGAUGUUUGGUGUCGUAUUGUGCAAAAGGGCGUAAGGGCACUUACGGAGUCUACUUUUGAGGAGAUUCCUUUGUGUGAAGGUAAAAAGUUGCUUCAAAGCGGAGAGGCAUUAGGGUAUUCAAAUGUUAGGUUGCUUCCAAAAAAUAAGAAAGGAGACGUUCGACCGAUAGUGAACUUUAAAAAAAAGAGAGUUCCCAAACCCAUUAAUUCUAUUUUACAAGAUACCUUUCAUAUACUGAAUUUCGAGAAGGAAAGACAAGCAAUGGAUCGUAAUUCCUCAUAUCUCGGAGGUUCAUUGUUCAGUUUCAAUGAAAUUUAUGAAAGAUUAAAGCAAUUUCAGCAAAGAUUAGUUCAACUUGGUCAACAAAAGAAAAAGCUGUACUUUGCAAAAGUCGAUGUUUGUUGCUGCUUUGAGUCCAUUGAUCAAGAUCAGUUGCUGGAGAUAAUCAACGACGUCUUAAUUGAAUGUGAUUAUGCUAUACAUAAAUACGAUGUGGUGAAUCAUCAUGGUGGCAAAAUUCGGUCACAUUUUUAUCGCUAUGCCAAUACAUCAGAUGAUUUUGCUAAUUUUCCAAACCAUGCGCGAGAAUUUGCAAGCAAGUUUAUAAACAGCGUGAUCGUGGAUCGCGUUAAAGAAACAUAUACAGAUAAAAAUGUUAUUCUUGAUCUUUUAGAAAAGCAUCUCAAAAAUAACUUGGUCAAGAUUGGAAGUAAAUUUUAUCGACAGACUAUUGGAAUUCCACAGGGAUCAGUAGUAUCGACAUUGCUUUGCAGUUUUUAUUAUGGCUCCAUGGAAUGGAACGAACUUCCUUUUGUGAGACAUGACGAUGGAGUGAUGCUCCGCCUUCUUGACGAUUUUCUUUACAUAAGUACCCGCAGAACAAAGGUUGUCAGGUUUAUAACAGCAAUGAAUCGAGGUCAUCCCAAGUAUAGGUGUUUUAUAAAUGAAGAAAAAAGUUUGGUAAACUUUGAUAUCAAGAUUAAUGGCAAACUUGUAAAGAAGUUGGAUGACAGUUUGGGUGUGCAUUCUCUCAACUGA